GAUUGAUGUGGAGGGGAGAUUCAUUUGGGAAGGGAUUCUGGCUGCCCUGGGAGCUGCUGCAUGUCAGGCUCACUCUCAGGGCUCUGGUGACUUGUAGAUAACAGGAUUGUUCUGGUGGUUCUCUUCUAUAACGGUCAAAAUGGUGAUCAAAGUCUUUGUAGCCACAUCCUCUGGGUCUACAGCGAUUAAGAAGAAACAGCAAGAAGUAGUGGGCUUCUUAGAGGCCAACAAGAUUGACUUUAAGCAAAUGGACAUAGCUGGUGAUGAGGACAACAGGAAAUGGAUGAGAGAGAACGUCCCAGGUGAAAAGAAGCCACAAAAUGGAAUCCCCCUCCCUCCACAGAUCUUCAAUGAGGAGCAGUACUGUGGGGACUUCGAAUCCUUCUUCUCUGCCAAGGAAGAAAACAUUAUUUAUUCAUUCCUGGGUCUGGCACCUCCUCCGGGUACAAAGGAGGCGAAAACUGCUGAAGAGACAUCAAACCUUCCAAACGGUGAAGUUUCGGGUGAAGAGCACAAAGUUGUGGAAGAGACUGAAAAGUCUGAAGUAACUGAAGAAAAUGAGGCACACACAGAAGACAAUGUAGAUGCAGUCGCUAAUUCUAUUGAACUGCCAUCAGAAGAGCAACAGGAAAAGGAGGAAGAACACCCAGGGACAGAGGUGCAGUAGAAUGUUCAGACACUAUGUUUUCAAUUAUGGUGUGUGCAUGCCUGCAGUGCUCACUCAUCCCCAUCUACUCCAACAGAAGUUAGAAAAUUCACAAAUCUCUGUGACAUCUACCCACUUCCAAACUCAAAAUACUGAUAUUAAAGUCUGGUUAGGGACAAUUAUUGUUCAGUGCCCUUAUCUAACUGGUUGAGCAGAAGACCUUUGACCUUGAUAAUUAGAAACGAAAUGAAAAGAACCUUUCCUUCAAAGGCUCUUUAAUAAAAUUUCCUGUGGGUUCCCAGACACUCGUUCCCUUUGAAACUCAUUAAUUUAAAACGAUCUUGAUUAUGCUUUACAAAUAUCUUGAAUCCCUAAAAACCAUCCUUCCAUUUAAGGUAUUGUUGUCUACACAGGGCAACUUUUCCCUGCCCAAGAUUCUUAGAGCCUAUCCAGGGUUGCAGGUUUAUGUUCUAAAUCUU